AGAACAAAAGUUUUUGCUUAAUUUGGGUCACGUGCCAACCAAUAGCACUGUCAAUGUCAUUUAUUUAUUUAUGUCAUCUAAUUUGGCCAAGAGCCAAACAGCAACAGGGACAAAUUAUUAGUUAGUUGUCUCCGGCCCACACCUACGCUAUGUACACGGUUAGCUCGGAAAUCUAUAGGGAGACCAACUAUCAGCCAGUGCGUACUGAAAAUGGUAACGGCAAUGUGCUCUCAAAAUUCCGGUUUCGUUAUCCGAACGAGGAAAACAAUGGAGUGCCUAUCAUUGACAAGGAUGGCGAUUUGGACGUCUCACGGCCACAGCGAGGUGUCAUAGAACUUGAACAUUCCGAUGCUACAGAGCUAAGCCUAGUUGGAUUACAAGUAUGGCGUGGUGCAUUGCUGCUGGCGGAUUUUUUGUUUCAUCAACGGCGGGAGAUGGCCAACAAGAGCAUUAUGGAGCUGGGUGCAGGCGUGGGACUCACCAGCAUUGCAGCUGCCAUACAUAACAAAGGUCACAUCUACUGCACAGACGUGAAUCUAGGUUGUAUUCUCAAGCUCAUCCAGAGCAAUGUGGAGCGCAAUGCCGGUUUGCUUGAGGGGCAGAUUAGCGUGCUUGAAUACGACUUCUUAGCACCCACAUCCCAGCUAUCAACAGCGUUGCUGGAGGCUAUAGAUGCUAGUGAUAUUAUUUUGGCAGCAGAUGUGGUCUAUUCCGAUGAACUAACCAAUGCUUUUGUGGCAGUUAUGGAGCAUAUUUUGGAGCGCGGCAAGCAGACAGGCAGGCCAAAGUGUAUCUAUAUGGCUAUGGAGAAGCGUUAUGUGUUUACGCUGGAGGAAUGCGAUUCCGUGGCGCCCAUGUAUGAACAUUUUCUCAGGCAGACGGCGCACAAGUCUUGGAUUAUGGAGCAGCUGCCAUUGGACUUUCCACAGUACUUUGAAUAUGAACGUUGUCCACAAUUGAUGCUAAUGCGCAUACAAAGCCGAUAGUGUAAGUGUAUGUCCAAAGUCCCUUUUUAAUUGUCAUAAAUAGUAACAAAUUACAACUAUUUAAAAAUAAAGUGACAUUAGCUUAAAUACAACA